AGGCGAGGGCAUUUUGGUGUAUAUGUCCUCGGUCGGCAAUCUCCAGCUGCUGGCGUUCACUCUCUCCGACCAGACGCUUAGGUACCAUUGCCUCUGUAUCGCCACCUAAUAGACUGUUUUGUGUCCCAAGGUAGCCACUCUACCACCGCCACACGUCGACGGCGAAUGAGCAUGUGCAGCGCCGGUACACUGCCUCCCUCAACCUAGCCUUGUUCCGCUCUUCAGCUUGCUUGAUUCACCCACCUGCUCAAUUGCCGUGUUUGCAUACGCGACUUUCCCAACCACAUCGCAGGUAGUCGCUCGCUGGCCCCUUCCCUUACACUCACUAUAACGCGCGCUCAAUAUACGGAUCCCGAACAAGCACUGCCCUGGCUUGAUCCGCCUCCCAACAUCGACCUUUAUAACUUGCAUGUACUUCCGCAUGCAGUAGUGCUCUACUCAUAAUCAGCCAUCUCACCGGAACUGUACGCCUGACUAUUCCUACGCUGACAUCCAUCGCCUACUUGUUUGCACAGCCUACUUCAGGCCUUCCACCAUAGCGUUGAGGCCUCCAGGCUACGAAUAUGGCGACCGGAGACGCGAACAGCGGUCCUUCAAGGCCACGGGCACCCACCAUCACCAUCGACACGUCUGCAACAAACGACCCUACCAUGGGUGAUUCAGUAGCCCUUGGCGAUAUCCCCGACAACCAUAGACCAUCCACAAACGCUAAUACCGAUAAUAUCUCGCCAACACAGGCUAGACAGCCUGCCCAAGAGCUGCACAACACCCAUUCUUUCGACAGCAGUAGGCCAACGAGCCCGCAUAAUAUCAGCUCGCCAGUCACGGGAUGGAACAACGGCCUACUCAACGUCCCGGGUGCUCGCUCUCGAGGCAAUUCCAUGGACUCUGCGACCGACAACGGCGAAUCCAAUAGCACCGGCACAUAUGUCGCGUCCUCGCAGGGGGAGACACUGAAGGGCGAACUGGGGCCAACUGAAAUUAUGAAUGACAAAGAAGCUCUAAAGCCCGAUCCAGGCACCGAAGCAGACUUUGAGGUUGAGAACAACAAGUUUGCCUUUUCUCCCGGUCAGCUUGGCAAGCUCUACAAUCCCAAGAGCGCUGGCUUAAGUAUCGACGAGCAGCACCUUGACGGCACAGUGACUUUCGAGGAGGCUACUACCCAGACUACGACUGAAUCACCGCAAAAGUCUUCGCAGCACGCUGCUCACACCGAGAACGCGCCCGCUGCUCCUAAAGAGAACGCUUUCGCCGAUCGUAAGCGCGUCUACAGCGACAACAGACUUCCUGCCCGGAAACCCAAGAACAUCUUUCAGCUAGCAUGGAUGGCCUACAACGACAAGGUCCUUAUUCUACUAACCAUCGCCGCCGUCAUCUCGCUAGCUCUAGGUCUCUACCAGACUUUUGGUGUUAAACACGAGCCUGGUGAACCAAAGGUCGAAUGGAUCGAGGGUGUAGCUAUCAUUGUCGCUAUUGUCAUCGUUGUAGUUGUGGGUGCUGCCAAUGAUUGGCAGAAGGAACGACAAUUCGUCAAGCUGAACCGCAAGAAGGAGGACCGCACUAUCAAAGUCAUACGAUCCGGCACAACUCGCGAAGUCUCCGUCUACGACAUUUUUGUCGGCGACAUCGUCAUGCUGGAACCCGGUGACAUGAUUCCUGUGGAUGGUAUCCUUGUCCAAGGCCAUGGAAUCAAAUGCGACGAGUCUUCGGCUACCGGCGAAUCUGACCUGCUCAAGAAGACAUCCGGAGACGAAGCUUUCAAGGCGAUUGAGCGACAUGACAAUCUCAAAAAGGUCGAUCCCUUCAUUCUCUCCGGUGCCAAGGUCUCUGAGGGUGUAGGGUCAUUCAUGGUCACUGCUACUGGUGUUCACUCGAGCUACGGCAAGACGAUGAUGUCUCUUCGCGAGGAGAGCGAAGUAACACCUCUUCAGAACAAACUCAACGUUCUCGCCACCUACAUUGCCAAGCUUGGUGGAGCAGCUGCCUUGUUGCUUUUCGUCGUACUCUUCAUCGAGUUCCUCGUCAAACUAAAGGGAUCUGACGAACCGCCUGCCGCAAAGGCCCAGAAUUUCCUCAACAUCCUCAUCGUCGCAAUCACCGUUAUUGUCGUUGCUGUGCCUGAGGGUCUGCCACUGGCUGUGACACUUGCCUUGGCUUUUGCUACUACCCGCAUGUUGAAGGACAAUAACUUGGUUCGCCUGCUCCGUUCUUGUGAAACCAUGGGAAACGCAACCACCAUUUGCUCCGACAAGACUGGUACUUUGACGCAAAACAAGAUGACGGUUGUUGCUGGUACUCUCGGAACCGCUCUUCGCUUCGGUGAUCACAAGCUAAAGGCAUCCGCACCGGUUGACGACGGUACCAAAGGCAAAGAUAUAGUGGAAUCUCCUGUUGACAGCCCCAACGAUGUCUCCGCAACUGAAUUCGUUUCCACUAUCAGCCAGGAGGUCAAGGAUCUUCUUUUGCAAUCCAUCAUCCAGAACACGACUGCUUUCGAAGGUCAAGUGGGUGGACCCGACCCUUUCAUUGGCUCAAAGACUGAGACUGCUCUGCUCGGUUUCGCACGCGAUUACUUGGGCAUGGGCAACGUCUCUCAGGAGCGCUCCAACGCCAACGUCGCCCAAGUGAUUCCUUUCGACUCUGCAAUCAAGUGCUCAGGAAGUGUCGUAAAACUCAACAAUGGCCAGUACCGAAUGUAUGUCAAGGGUGCUUCUGAAAUUCUGUUGGACAUGUGCGACAAGAUCGUCACGGACGCGAACAAGGAGCUUCUAGAGGCACCUCUCACAGCCGAUAACCGCGAAACGCUUGAACAGAUUAUCACUACCUACGCAUCUCGCUCUUUGAGGACCAUUGGCCUGAUUUACCGCGAUUUCGAGAGCUGGCCACCUGCCGAAUCUUCUAAGAACGAGGAUGAUCCGAGUCAAGCUGUCUUUGCGGAUGUUUCUAAGAAGAUGACCUUCCUGGCUAUCGUUGGUAUCCAAGACCCGUUGCGACCGAGCGUGCGUGAAGCCGUUAAGGACUGUCAGCACGCCGGUGUAUAUGUGCGCAUGGUCACUGGUGACAAUGUUCUUACUGCCAAAGCUAUCGCCGAAGACUGUGGUAUUCUUGUACCUGGUGGUGUUGUCAUGGAAGGACCUACGUUCCGCAAACUGUCAAAACGAGACAUGGAUGCUGUCAUUCCCAAGCUCUGCGUUCUUGCCCGUUCCAGCCCAGAAGAUAAGCGUAGGCUUGUCAAGCGCCUCAAAGAGCUUGGCGAGACUGUGGCAGUCACUGGUGAUGGAACCAACGAUGCGCCAGCGCUCAAGACUGCGGAUGUGGGUUUCUCCAUGGGUAUAGCCGGUACCGAAGUCGCAAAGGAAGCCUCAGCCAUCAUCCUCAUGGACGACAACUUCGCUUCCAUUGUGAAGGCGCUUCUCUGGGGACGUGCUGUCAACGACGCUGUGAAGAAGUUCCUCCAGUUCCAGAUCACCGUCAACAUCACUGCUGUAUUGCUUACCUUUGUCUCUGCGGUCUCCGACGACGAACAGAGCUCUGUUCUGACCGCUGUUCAACUGCUUUGGGUCAACCUCAUUAUGGAUACCUUUGCCGCUUUGGCCCUUGCUACUGACCCACCUACGCGCACUUUGCUCGACCGAAAGCCCGACCCGAAGUCCGCACCGUUGAUCACGUUGACGAUGUGGAAGAUGAUUAUCGGUCAGGCAAUCUAUCAACUGGUUGUCACUUUUAUCCUCUACUUCGCUGGCGAAUCCAUCCUUAGUUACGAGACGGAACGUGAGCGGGACCAACUGAGAGCUUUGGUCUUCAACACCUUCGUGUGGAUGCAGAUCUUCAACGCUCUGAACAACCGCCGACUAGACAACCGCUUCAACGUCUUUGAGGGUAUCACGCACAACUGGUUCUUCAUUAUCAUUCUGGCUAUCAUGAUUGGUGGUCAGACCAUGAUCAUCUUCGUCGGUGGCGUUGCGUUCAAGGUCGUAAGACUCAACGGUGCUCAAUGGGGUUACUCAAUAGUCCUUGGUUUCUUGUCUCUGCCUGUCGGUGUCAUAGUACGACUGAUUCCCGAUGAACUCAUCCAUAAGUGCAUCCCCGAGUUCUUCCAUCGCAAGAGAACCCCCGAGGUUGUUGUCUCCGAUGACGACUACUACUGGAACCAAGGCUUGUUGGAGAUUCGCGAUGAGCUCGCUUUUCUCCGAAAAGUUCGUGGUGGACGUCUCAGCGCCAUCAAGUUCAAGGUCCAGCAUCCCAGAGAAAUCUUCACCAGAUCACGAUCCAGCCAUUCGCUACCUGGCACUCCCAACAACGGACAGGCGGAUGACGGCUCUCAAGCGCCUCCUACACCUAACAGCCGUCGCCGCACUAGGUCUCGCUCCAACUCCGCCUUUGGUCCGGCAACCGUCAUGGCUGGUAUCGUUGCCGGCAGUGUCGCUGGUUGGUCUCCCAUCGAUCGCAGUAACAACGACAAUGAUUCUAUCAAGUUUAGUCGCAACGCGACUAAGCAAGACCUUGAAUCACAGGAUGGCAUCAGUGUACAUCCAGACACAAAGUCGAUAGAUCCUAUCCUGACGCACGAUGCCGACUACCGUGGUCCUCCUAGCCAAAACACGGAGACGACACCCAACUUCAACGUUGGACCAUUCUCAGGCCACUCCGAUAACAACUCCAAAUCGGCCGGUCCUGGAACAUAG